AACGUACUGCGUAUCUUGAUUCAAUAACUCUACGAGCUUCUGCCAAGCCGGUUUACGCGCGCUAGGCCUGUCUAUAUUCAGCAUCCCAGCCCGGAACACUUCAAGCACCUUCUGUAAGAUCACUGAUGCGAGUGCAUAUGGGGUGUGAAUUGUUGUAUUGGGAAAGGAUGCCAGGUCAGCUAUUCUGGCCUGGCAGAGCUCUUUUAUAGCUCUUAUCUAUCUUAUCGAUACCUAUAGGGUAACCCCCAUGGGGUCACGUAUCAAUCACCCUCAACGAUGGUGUCAUUCGAAUAGUAGUCUUUAUCGCCUGAUGCCGAGCCUCCCGCGUUGUUGGCUUCCUCUUCCUCUGCCCCGCUGGCAGAGGCGUUUGGGGGUGGAGGACCGCGAAGCGGCUCGAUCGGUUGGGGUACGAGGAGAGAGAAUAUCGUCGAUAUUAGGGAAGUUGGGAAUAGCGUCAUCAUCGCCCUCUACAACAGUGGACUGCGUAAAGCCACUAUCAGGGGGGACGAACUGGGCGUCCUCUCCACUAGGACCAGCUACAACGGCGCUGUUAGCGAAGGGGCCUUGGAAUUCGUCUUCAAGCCACUGUGAUGAAGCCAUAAUUGAUGAAGUUAUCGUCAAAGGUAUUUUUCUACACAGUUUUCUAAACACUGAUGUUAAGUGGUACGUCCUGGACCCUUUACUAGCUACAUCUAACGCUAGUAGGGAUUAGGAAGUCACUUUGUGCUGAGCGAAAGUGUGCCCAAACGAGCUGCCGAUCAGGACCUAACUGUCUCUCUCUUUGUGUGUGGGUAUGCUGUGUAUCAGUUUGCGCGGUGAUGGGUCCGCCUUUGUCGGU